AUGAAAUGUCUAAGUCGUUUGCGACUGUUACUACUUAUUUUCAUUGGUUUGAUUUUGUUGAAGUUGACAUACCACAAUAGCAGACAAUCAGAGGACGUUACGGAAGACAUGGGAUCUGCAGUUAAUCCGGUGGUAAUUGUUGGUUCAGGUUUGGCUGGCUUGGUUACCAGUGUCCAGUUAUCCAAAUAUAAGAUUCCAAUAAUUUUGUUGGAUAAGGCUUCGUCGAUUGGUGGCAAUUCCAUUAAAGCUUCAAGUGGAAUCAAUGGUGCUCUUACGAAGACUCAGCAGCAAUUUAAUAUCGAGGACUCAGCAGAAUUGUUCUACAAGGAUACAGUGAAGUCAGCAAAGAGUUAUGGUUCUAUGGAAUUAAUGGAUACGCUUACAUCGCAUUCAGCCAGUGCAAUUUCUUGGUUAACAUCUGAUUUUGAUCUUAAAUUAGAUCUAGUUAGCCAAUUGGGCGGACAUUCUGUGCCAAGAACCCAUCGGUCUUCAGGGAAAUUGCCCCCAGGAUUUGAGAUAGUUAGUACUUUGAAAAAGGAACUGGAGUCGAUGCAGAAGAUGCAACCCAAUAUGAUCCAAAUCCAACUAAAUUCCAAGGUAAUAGAUGUUGGUAUCAGUAAUAACCGAGUAGGUUCUAUAAAGUAUACUGACGAUAAGGGAGUAUAUUAUAACCUAAAAACUUCAAAUGUAGUGUUCUGUACAGGAGGAUUUGGAUUUUCAAAAGACUUAUUGAAUAAAUAUGUCCCAGAAUUAAAACGGCUUCCGACAACCAAUGGAGCACAUACAACUGGAGAUGGCCAAAUGCUAUUAGAGAAAUUGGGCGCACAGUUGAUUGAUAUGGAACAGGUGCAAGUUCAUCCUACAGGGUUUAUUGAUCCGAAGGAUAGAAUGAGCAACAAUAAGUUUUUGGCUCCAGAAGCACUAAGAGGGAAUGGAGCUAUCCUUUUAAAUCCAGUGACGGGCAAGCGGUUUGUCAAUGAAUUAGCCACCAGAGACGAGGUUACUAAAGCGAUCAAAAAGCUCACUAAAAAUAGUAUAGCCUUAAUUGCAAUGAGUGAGGUGGCAUACGAAAGUUUCAAAUCGCAUAUGGAUUUUUAUCUCUCCAAAAACUUGUUCAAGCAAACUACUGUGGGGAAAUUAGCUCAAGAGCUGUCGGUGCCCUAUGAAACAUUAUUACAAGAGUUAAUCGAUUACUCAGUAAGUUCAAUAGAUCGUUAUGAGCGUAAACAUAGAAUUAACAGAUUUGAUGUAGAUCUUAUACCCUCUUCCAUAAUAUAUGUCGGGGAAGUGACACCAGUAGUGCAUUUUACUAUGGGUGGUGUUAAAAUAAACCAAAAAGCACAAGUUAUAACCCAAAGGGGUGGAAUUUUAGCGGAAGGGUUAUACGCAGCUGGUGAGGUCUCCGGAGGUGUGCAUGGGGCCAAUAGACUCGGUGGAUCUAGUUUACUUGAAUGUGUUGUCUUUGGUAGAGAGGCUGCCAAGUCUAUAGCGAUGUCACGGACAUAA